AUGGUUGGGAGAGGUGGAACCUUUGCCCAUCCCCUGUCUCCUUCGCCCAUCCCCUGUCAUCUUUGCCAACCCCCUUGUCCUUUGCCCAUCCCCUGUCUCCUUUGCCCAUCCCCUGUCUCCUUUGCCCAUCCCUUGUCUCCUUUGCCCAUCCCCUGUCUCCUUUGCCCAUCCCCAGUCUCCUUCGCCCAUCCCCUGUCAUCUUUGCCCACCCUCUGUCCUUUGCACAUCCCCUGUCUCCUUUGCCAAUCCCAUGUCUCCUUCGCCCAUCCCCUGUCAUCUUUGCCCAUCCCCUGUGAUUUGCACAUCCCUUGUCUCCUUUGCCCAUCCCCUGUCUCCUUUGCCCACCCCCUGUCUCCUUUGCCCAUCCCCUGUCUCCUUCGCCCAUCCCCUGUCAUCUUUGCCCACCCCCUGUCCUUUGCACAUCGCCUGUCUCCUUUGCCCAUCCCCUGUCUCCUUUGCCCAUCCCCUGUCUCCUUCGCCCAUCCCCUGUCAUCUUUGCCAACCCCCUUGUCCUUUGCCCAUCCCCUUUCUCCUUUGCACAUCGCCUGUCUCCUUUGCCCAUCCCCUGUCUCCUUUGCCCAUCCCCUGUCUCCUUUGCCCAUCCCCUGUCUCCUUUGCCCACCCCCUGUCUCCUUUGCCCAUCCCCUGUCUCCUUUGCCCAUCCCCUGUCAUCUUUGCCAACCCCCUUGUCCUUUGCCCAUCCCCUUUCUCCUUUGCACAUCGCCUGUCUCCUUUGCCCAUCCCCUGUCUCCUUUGCCCAUCCCUUGUCUCCUUUGCCCAUCCCCUGUCUCCUUUGCCCAUCCCCAGUCUCCUUCGCCCAUCCCCUGUCAUCUUUGCCCACCCUCUGUCCUUUGCACAUCCCCUGUCUCCUUUGCCAAUCCCAUGUCUCCUUCGCCCAUCCCCUGUCAUCUUUGCCCAUCCCCUGUCCUUUGCACAUCCCUUGUCUCCUUUGCCCAUCCCCUGUCUCCUUUGCCCACCCCCUGUCCUUUGCACAUCCCCUGUCUCCUUUGCCCACCCCCUGUCUCCUUUGCCCAUCCCCUGUCUCCUUUGCCCAUCCCCUGUCUCCUUCGCCCAUCCCCUGUCAUCUUUGCCAACCCCCUUGUCCUUUGCCCAUCCCCUUUCUCCUUUGCCCAUCGCCUGUCUCCUUUGCCCAUCCCCUGUCUCCUUUGCCCAUCCCCUGUCUCCUUUGCCCAUCCCCUGUCUCCUUUGCCCACCCCCUGUCUCCUUUGCCCAUCCCCUGUCUCCUUUGCCCAUCCCCUGUCAUCUUUGCCAACCCCCUUGUCCUUUGCCCAUCCCCUUUCUCCUUUGCACAUCGCCUGUCUCCUUUGCCCAUCCCCUGUCUCCUUUGCCCAUCCCUUGUCUCCUUUGCCCAUCCCCUGUCUCCUUUGCCCAUCCCCAGUCUCCUUCGCCCAUCCCCUGUCAUCUUUGCCCACCCUCUGUCCUUUGCACAUCCCCUGUCUCCUUUGCCAAUCCCAUGUCUCCUUCGCCCAUUCCCUGUCAUCUUUGCCCAUCCCCUGUCCUUUGCACAUCCCUUGUCUCCUUUGCCCAUCCCCUGUCUCCUUUGCCCACCCCCUGUCUCCUUUGCCCAUCCCCUGUCUCCUUCGCCCAUCCCCUGUCAUCUUUGCCCACCCCCUGUCCUUUGCACAUCCCCUGUCUCCUUUGCCCAUCCCCUGUCUCCUUUGCCAAUCCCCUGUCUCCUUCGCCCAUCCCCUGUCAUCUUUGCCAACCCCCUUGUCCUUUGCCCAUCCCCUUUCUCCUUUGCACAUCGCCUGUCUCCUUUGCCCAUCCCCUGUCUCCUUUGCCCAUCCCCUGUCUCCUUUGCCCAUCCCCUGUCUCCUUUGCCCACCCCCUGUUUCCUUUGCCCAUCCCCAGUCUCCUUCGCCCAUCCCCUGUCAUCUUUGCCCAUCCCCUGUCCUUUGCACAUCCCCUGUCUCCUUUGCCAAUCCCAUGUCUCCUUCGCCCAUCCCCUGUCAUCUUUGCCCAUCCCCUGUCCUUUGCACAUCCCUUGUCUCCUUUGCCCAUCCCCUGUCUCCUUUGCCCACCCCCUGUCCUUUGCACAUCCCCUGUCUCCUUUGCCCAUCCCCUGUCUCCUUUGCCAAUCCCCUGUCUCCUUCGCCCAUCCCCUGGCUACAUUCCCCAACGGAGGGGCAACUUCAUCUCGAUUUAGAAGAAGUGGUUCUCGAGCUCGAGGAAGACAUGGUGCCGCUGCCUGAAGGAGAUAUCAACGUCGUAGGCGCCCCUACGCCUAUCCCUGAGGCGGUCCAUGAGAGCCCGUUCGCUCAAGGGCGAUCGGCGAGUGGACUUGGGGUGGUUGAGGGGUCGCUCGAUUGCCCCACUCCUUCGGCCCCUGAGGCGAUUGGGCAAGGGGGGAUGAGAGGGGAGCGUGGCUGCGUUGGGCAGCGAUUGGAGAGCAUUCCAGAGGGUCAGAAUGAGGAUGACAUUCCCCCUCCACCUGAGAUCGUGCCGGACACGUGGACGUCGGGGUUCGUCACCCCUCAUGCCAGGGAAGAGGCAACUGUAGUGGAGGACCACCCCUCGACGGGCUCAUCGCCCCCUCCUGUUUGGCCAGUGUCGCCCAGCGUGUCCGAGCUUGCGGGAAGCGUCGCUUCGGUGUCAGGCAGGGUUCACACACCCGACGAGGAGGAUGAGGUGGAGCACGUGACAGAGAUGGAUGAGGCCCCCACUUCAGACACCCAUGAUAUGGCAGCGGGCGACGAGGAUGCAGUUGCACCCGAGUCGCCUCAUCGUCGCUGGGAGGAGAGGGGGACUAAGAAGAGGCGGCGGGAGGAGUUGGAGGGGGUGGAAAACGACGAUUUGGCCAUGGAUGAUCUCGUCGAGGAGGUGACUGUUGGGCAGCGCUUUAGUGUACACUUCCACCAUGUCAUGGUGCGCAAUGCGACACUCGCAAGACUGGGUCUCCCCAUGAGUGCUGAGGAUGUGGCAGCUGAGCUCGCCCUCGCUGCUGACCAUUGGGCGGGUCUACAUGCGGGUUGUGCUAGGGGGGACGUCCUUCCUCGUUGCGUGAAGGACAACUGGGGCCCUGAGAGUGCUGUGUACGAGCCCGACUCUGAGACCCACAAGGCGGUGAAAGAGUGGCUGGCCACUCACUGCAGCGCAGAACAGAUGCGACCCUACGUGCUUGGGGCGGGGAGUUGGCUAAACGAAUCAUUCCACUCCCUCAUCUGCAAGUAUGCUCCCAAGCGCGUGAGGCCGGGAAGCGACCAGCAGCACCAGCUCGUGGUCCAAGAGGCGCCACAGGACCGUGCGUGGCCCCCGCCCGUCCCGUGCACGCUGUCGUCUCACGUGUACAUGGACUACGAUAUCAGCACGGAGCACCCGCCGGAACAUGAGAAGCAGCGCAAGAAGGGCAAGGUAGCGGGACGGAGGGAGACCAAGGAGGGGAGAAACGGACAGGAGUGGGAGGUGAUGCAUCGUUCUGUAGGAGCAGGGAAAGGGGGUGAGGGUCUGGAUUUGGGGCCGGGGAAAGGUGAGGGAGAUGGCGGGAAAGAAGCUGAGGGGUCUGAUCGGCUGAAGGAAGACGGACGCAGAUUCGAGUUUGGAAGGCGGGAUUGGAUUGGCAUGGAGGGGUGGGGGAAUAUUGGGAGGGGGGGUAGGGGGAUGAGAGUGAAGAGUGGGUUGAGAAGGACCAUAGGGAAGAAUGGGUUGAGGCUGAUGGAUUAUGGAGAGGAUGUAAAUGAAGAGGGGGCUGAUGAGGAGGCAUCGGAGUAUGGUAGAGACCCUUCUGGGCUUGAGAGCAGCGCGGUUCUCUCGCAAGGGAGGAGUGGUGGCGUCGCUGGGAGUGGUGGAAACGGGAAAUGGUCCUAUGUCGGGUGCAAGGAAUGA